CCUGUCCGCUCGGCCUCCAGGUUAUUUCUGGCGGAUGGCUGCGCUGUGGUCGGUUUGGUGGGGGAUCUGGGGCCUGGCAGGGGCGGGGCAGCCUUAUCGCCUGGCUCUCCAGCCCAGGCUUCGCGGUCCAGAGCAAGCCGGGUCACCAUCCUCUCGCCAUGGGCUUCGGGCCGCGCGGGGCGCUGAGCCUGCUGCUCCUGCUGCUAGCGCCGCCCAGCCGCCUGGCCGCGGGCUGCCCCGCGCCGUGUGACUGCGCGGGGACUCGUGUGGAUUGCGGGCGCCGCGGGCUGACGUGGGCCUCGCUGCCCGCCGCCUUCCCGCUGGACACGACCGAACUGGUGCUGACGGGCAACAAUCUGACGGCGCUGCCGCCGGGACUGCUGGACGCGCUGCCCGUGCUGCGUCUCGCGCACCUGGGGGCCAACCCCUGGCGCUGCGAUUGCCACCUGGUGCCGCUGCGCGCCUGGCUAGCCGGCCGACCGGAGCGCGCGCCCUACCGCGACCUGCGCUGCGCCGCGCCCCCCGCUCUUCGCGGCCGCCUGCUGCCCUACCUGGCGGAGGACGAGCUGCGCGCCGCCUGUGCGCUGGGCGCUCUCUGCCGGGAGGCGCUGGGGGCGCAGCUCCUGCUGCUCGGCCUCGGGCUGCUGCACGCGCUGCUGCUGCUGCUGCUGCUGCGCCGCCUGCGCCGGCUGCGCGCCCGCGCCCGCACCGCGCACCCGUUGUCGCUGACCGCCCCGCUGGUGGCGGAGCCCGCGGGAGCCCGCGAGUCCUGAGAGGAGCCCCGAGAAGCGCUGAGCGACGCGGGCCCGCCGACCCGACAGAGUCCAUCCCGGGGGAGCCCUCGCUCUGACCGGGACGAGUCUCGCCCUCCGCCUGGGCACGAAU